AGUGAGUGGGGCAGCAUUUCCUUCCCCCACUGCUGCUGAGAUGGCGGAAAUUAGUCGAAUCCAGUAUGAAAUGGAAUACACCGAAGGCAUUAGUCAGCGAAUGAGGGUCCCAGAAAAAUUAAAGGUCGCGCCACCAAAUGCUGACCUGGAACAAGAAUUCCAAGACGGAGUUCCAAACGCUAGUGUGAUUAUGCAGGUUCCAGAGAGGAUUGUCGUAGCAGGAAAUAAUGAAGACAUUCCAUUUUCAAGACCAGGAGAUCUUGACCUCAUUCAGUCAACUUCUUUUAAACCUCUGGCUCUAAAAACACCACCCCGUGUACUUACACUAAGUGAAAGACCACUAGAUUUUCUGGAUUUAGAAAGACCUCCUUCAACCCCUCAAAAUGAAGAAGUCCGUGCGGUUGGCAGGCUAAAAAGAGAGCGCUCUAUGAGUGAAAAUGCUGUUCGCCAAAACGGACAGCUGGUCAGGACUGACUCCAUGUGGCACAGAUCAGAUUCUGCCCCAAGAAAUAAAAUUUCAAGGUUCCAGGCACCGAUUUCUGCACCGGGAUACACUGUGACACCGUCGCCACAACAGGUUCGGGUCUGUCCUCCCCGUAUGUUACCUGAAGACGGAGCUAAUCUCUCCUCUGCUCGUGGCAUUUUGUCCCUUAUCCAGUCUUCUACUCGUAGGGCUUACCAGCAGAUCUUGGAUGUGCUGGAUGAAAACCGCAGACCCGUGCUGCGUGGUGGGUCUGCCGCCGCCACUUCUAACCCCCAUCAUGACAACGCCAGGUAUGGCAUUUCAAAUAUGGACGCAACAGUUGAAGGAGCUGCAGAAGACAUGACUGUUGUAGAUGCAGUUUCAUUAAGACGACAGAUAAUCAAACUAAAUCGCCGUCUGCAACUUCUAGAAGAGGAGACCAAAGAGCGCGCUAAGAGAGAGAUGGUCAUGUACUCCAUCACUGUAGCCUUCUGGCUGCUUAAUAGCUGGCUCUGGUUUCGCCGCUAGAGGCGACCUCAUUUUUCAAAAAAUUUUGUCUCAACAGCUGGAAAUAUAAAGAAUUUGCAAACUUCUUUGUUUCCGUGUUUGCGUUGUAUGCCUUUCAUAGCCCACGCCCUGAAAAUGUACUUCUCCGGAGAGGAGGGAAAGACUCCUGUUUGCGGGUGAAGGACAUCCUGCCUCUUAGCUGCAUUCACUUGUAGCAGCCCUGCAGUGACACCCAGAACCCCCUGCAUGUGUGUACACGCUCCCGUUGGGUUCUCAAAAGGAAUUCAUGUUUUGCCUCAUCAGUCUGCACAAGUCACUCUCUGAAUGGGAGAGGGUAGAGAAUGGAUUUAGAAAAGGACCUGUAGGAGAAAAAGACUUUGUCCUGUUUCUCAGACUGUUGAGCAGUUGUUAGUGGACAUGUUCCCGCCCACAGUUCAGCACUAACACCCCUGAAUCUGAGUGGGGUGCGGCGUCAGUGAGUAAGGUCCGGCCACCUCCUGUCUCACCUCAUCAUUAACAUAAUUCCUGACAUUCUCAGUAGUUUACCUAACGUGUGUAAAAUGCGCGUGCUUAUUUUUAUUUUAGUUUUUCAGGUGAUUUUCUAUAAAGUACAUUUUUACUAAGUUCAUGUGUGAAUGAUUUAAAAAACUACAGAAUAAGGUACAAUUGUAGUGUAUUUAAUAAACUGUCAACCAAAA